UAAUAGACAUUAAGCGUGUUUUUGUGCUGAUAUGAAUACUCUUACACUCUGCUGCAUUAAAUUUAUUAUAUUAGGUUUAUUUGGUAAAUGUGUAAAAUGUGAGGAAAGACCGAAUUUUCUAAUAUGGGGCCCUGGUCUUCAACCGAAUAUUGUCAUAACACCAGCAAGGUACUUUUUCAUAGAGGCAGUUGGUGAAAAUCAGAAACGAGUGAAUAUACCUUCUGAUAGUAUCAAAGUUUCUAUAACAGGUGAAUCUGAAUAUGGAAACUGCCGUAUUUGGAUUAAUAAAUUGGAUCGAAAAGAUGGAUCUUUCAUCAUCAGAUACAAAUUAUAUUAUCCAUGUCAUAACUUACAAAUUGAGGUAAAAUUUAAUAGGCAACAUAUUGGAAAAUCUCCUUAUGUUAUACCAGAUAGAGUUUACAAUGAAGAAUGUUAUUGCCCAAAUGGAUCAGUUGAAGAAUUUUUAUCCAACUACGGCUGCAAAUUACCAUACAAGCAGAUACAAUCAGACUUAAAACCUUUUAAAAAUGUUGAUAUGAAUUAUGUUAGAAACAUUGUGCAGAAGAAAUUUAAUUCUCCUGGAAGUUAUAGUAUAUGCAAUUAUGUUAUUAAAGAUAAUGAAAUCUAUAGAAAGUGCUAUGGGCAACAUGUUGGGUUUAAAAUGUUUAUUGAUGCAAUUUUAUUAUCAUUAGCUAGAAAGAUUCUGUUACCUGAUACAGAAUUUUGGACAAAUUUAGGAGAUUGGCCAUUGAUUAAAGUAUCAGAUGGCCAUCUUCCUAUGUUUUCUUGGUGCGGUAGCAAUGAUACCUAUGAUAUAGUCAUGCCCACUUAUGAUAUUACUGAAUCAACAUUGGAAAAUAUGGGCCGAGUUAUGUUGGACCUGUUGUCAGUUCAAGGAAAUAUUGAAAAAUCUUGGGAAGAAAAGGUGCCACAGGCAUUUUGGAGAGGAAGGGAUUCUUCGAGAGAAAGAUUAUCACUAUUAGAGAUUUCUCAAAAAUAUCCAGAUUUAAUUAAUGCUUCAAUAACUAAUUAUUUCUUCUUUCGUGAACAAGAGAAAAUAUAUGGGAAGAGUCCUCAUAUCUCCUUUUUUAAAUUUUUCAAUUACAAAUAUCAGAUAAAUAUUGACGGAAGUGUGGCUGCAUAUAGGUUUCCUUAUCUAUUAAUUGGUGAUUCCGUUGUAUUGAAACAAGAUUCACAAUAUUAUGAGCACUUCUAUAAUAUGCUAGAACCAAAUAAACAUUACAUUCCUGUCAGAAGAGAUCUCUCAGAUUUGGUGGAAAAAUUAAAAUGGGCAAUUAAAAAUGACAAUAUUGCUAAAAAUAUAUCUCUGGAAGGGAAUAAGUGGGCCAGAGAAAAUCUUAUGCCCACUGAUGUGUUUUGCUAUCAUGUAUCUCUACUUAAUGAAUGGUCUAAAAAAGUUACUAGUGAUGUGAUUAUUUUAGAUGAUAUGGAACAUGUACCACAACCUGCUCCUGAUAAGCACUAUGGUAAAUGUAAAUGUCUUAAAAACAUAAAGGAUGAACUAUGACAAAUCAUCAC